AAGCAUAGAGGGAGAAGAGAAAAGCCAACGCUUCACUCAACCUGCCCUUGUGAGGAAUUAAUCCAAACAGCAGUCCGGGAGGAACAUGUCGUGCAGUUACAGCGGUUGACAAAAUAAUACAGUAAGUAAGAAAUAAUGAUAAUCUAACUUAACAAAUGAAAUCUCCAACGACUGAAAAACGUAAAAAAGCAUCAUGUUUUGUUUGUCUAAAAAAACAUUGCUUAUGUUAGAGCUUUUUAAAUAACUCCGCAUUUUACGCGUAAACUAUUGUGUUCAUUGUGCUAUUGUAGUUGUACUCUUCUUUCUCUGUGAAACAGAAAACUAUUUUUAUGUCACUACUAUGUGUGUAAUCUUUCGUUGUCUCACCUUCAGUUUACCUAGAACAUAGCAUACAAGGGGCUGUUGUUACAUUAUUGACCCAAAUGAUGACGCUCACUGUUGUUCAAUCACACAGGUUAACUCAUUCAGCGGUAUCUACCCAAAGAACCUCCUUCAACACACUAUCCUGGAGAAGGUGUAGAGUUCCGAUGGAGCCCAAAACAAGUAUACUAAAGGAAAAGUUUUUUAUUGUUGUACGUGGGAAGUCAAGGAAAGGCUUCUGCAGAGGAUGCAUUGGCCGUAUUGAGGCAGAGACCCAGCAGGGAGAGCUAAUGGGAUUGCUGUACAGCGGCAGCAGCAACGCAGGGAGCCCCAAGAGCGGAGGCAUCGUGAAGAGGGAAGACACGUACCCUCUGACCCGACACCAGGCCCAGCUACUGCUCUUCGUUUCCUCCGCAAGCAAACGUUUGGAGCUGCUGUGUAACCCACAGCUCUUUUCAGCUAUCUGUGAGCUAUCUCAGGAUGACCUGGUGGUGGUGAGGCAUAAGAAGGGACACAUGCCUGCGCUGGUGAGGAACCUGAUGCAAAUCGGGAGGAGGGAGAGUAAAGACGACCUGCAGAUGCUUGGCUUUGAAGUGGAAUUUGUGGUGAGUCAAGUUGUUUGGUUUACUUCAAAUUAUUGGAAAAGGGGAAAGUGUUGUAGUCAAGUCAGAAAAUUGCAUAGCCUAUAUACAAACUACCACUUUUGACAACCUGCUUCUUCAAAGAGUGAUUUGACUAUAAUAACCUUAGAUGAGUUACUUCUGAUGUUAUUUGUUUUCUUUGUUAAUCCACAAAAUUGUUUAUUCUGUAAUCUGAGAAUGCAUGUAAUAAGUGUCUGUUUUCUUUGUGACUCUUGCAGGACCACGAUCACCAUUUGUCUUCCAAAAAACCCGCUCCUCUGCCUUUGUUUAGUGCUGCAGAUAUUGUCCAGGUUGUCCCAUCCUACUCCGUUCCCCUGGGACCGUAUUGGAAAGAUGGCCAGUGUGGGGGUAAGUAAACUUAUACACAGUCGACAUGUGACAUUUCUAAGAAACAGUACUCUGAAGUGAUAUCAUGGAGGUUCUUAAAUGGUAAAUAAACUGUGUUUACAUUGGUGUUAGUCUUCUGACACCUCUCAGCACUUGGAGAUUUACUUAUUCUUUUUUAAAGACGGUUUGGUCUCGGUCUUAAUGUAUUUUUUCCUAAGACCCUUUAACAUGCAGACUUAAAGGGUCUGAAUUCUAAAUAUUAAUCUUCCACUUUGAGAAUGAUUAGCUCUACCUCCCAUGCCAAGUCCUCCUGAGCCAGAUCAGUGUUUUUUUUUUUUUAACUAUCUCUGUUACCCACAGUGCAUACAGUAGGUCUAAUGUUGCCAAACGAAGUUUUUACAAAAUUCUCGUGACUACAGGAAAAAUGGUGUCCUAGUACACAACUAGAAAAACUGGUUUAGAUACACUGGAAUGCAAACAGGUGGAUUUGUCAAAUGGUCUCGAGUUUUGCACAUUGUGAACCCUGAGCUGUUUGCAUACCUCAUAUGUAGACCUUUGCUGUUGCCUAAGGUCAAUCUGAUGAAGCAGCAUGUGAUGAGCCAAAUACAGUCAUAUGAUUUUCAAACUAUUAACUUUCCCUCCCCCACACACCCUCCUUGCCUCUCCCUAGGCCUAAACAAAAGAGCGGUGACACGCAUCAACUCUAUGCCGAGCAUAGGAUCACGAGCAAGACAAGCAAGAGAGAACCAUACAUAUCCGAGCGUCUCUCAGAGCCAGUAUUCAAGGACAUUACCUGUAGUGUUGGAGGUUGGAUCUAUGGUCGAGGUGGUGUCCAACACAGGGGUCACGGUGUAUGGGGUUGUCCGGUGGUUGGGGAUCCCUCCAGGGAAGCUUAACGAAUGGGCUGGGAUUGAAUUGGUGGGUGACCAUAAUUUGUUAUGAUUAUAAUUUUCUUUCAUUUCUGGGUGUCUAAGACUCCUCAUGAUUGUUGUUAUUGUUUAUAUUGCUUCAGGACUAUGAGGUAAAUGGCUGCUCUGACGGGAAGUAUGAAAGUCAGAGGUAUUUUACCUGCAAGGGUAACCGAGCCUUGUUUGUUCCCAUCACCAAGUGCAGCCCUGACAGCAGGUUUGUCCACUCAUCUUCGGGAAAAGAAACCCCAAAACCAGCUGAAAUACCUCCAGGUAAGAGACUUCUCCUGAUAUGAUGGAAGAUACACAUGCAGUUCAAAUGUAUAUAUGAAAGCAUUUGGUAUGGCUGUUAUAUUGUAUUAACCAGUUUUAUCCAUCACUGAACUAAGUGAAAUGAAAGAUUUGACAAAGGUUGUCAUUAUUUAUUAAUAUCCAUCCUGAUCUGUGGUGGCCUGACUAGCGCUGGAUAACAAAGUGUUGAUUAGGGUUAGAAACUGGUGGCUGUAUUCUGGCAUAACUUUACAGUGUGUGGUUUGAGGAAUUUGGCAUUGUGUUGAAGUGUCAGUUCCCACUAAAUACUUCUGAAAGCCAUUAAUCAUGCUUUUAUAUUGGCUCAAUGAACUUAAGCUUGGUACAUUUAGAAACUUCAAGUUAUGACUGUUUGAGCACAGUGAGGGGCUGGUACAAGGAACUUAAUUUUGCAAAUCUCUUCUUCCUGAAACAUUAAAUCAGUGCUAAAAGGCUUUUCAAAAGGAACAUUUGGUUUGAUCUGUUUAUUUGUUGUUCUUAGUUCCUCUGUUUGAGGACUCAGGGGAAGAUGCACCACCUAUCCCUGAAUCAGAGGCCUUGUCUUUGUUAGAGGGGAAAAUGAAAGGGAUCCAAGGACACGUCAACUCCUGUUAUCUGGAUGCCUCACUUUUCAGGUAAAACCGGUUCAUUAGCCUUCAGGGUAUUGAAUUCACAUCCUCAGCACAGAUUUAUUUCAUCUUUUGUUAUCUGAAGUUACUUUACUGGCAGGAGACCAUGUACAACUUACAGAGCACAAUGAACUCCAGUUAGAUAAGUGUGUGAUUAAACCAUGUGUUUUUCUGUCUUCAGUUUGUUCAGCUCUGCUGUGACCCUGGAUAAUAUCUGCCAGGAACCUUCAGAUGCAGAGAAACCCAUAACCUGCACUCUGAGGAAAAUCGUCAACUGUUUACGCAGGUAAAAAACACCAUAUUCAGGAAAGUCUGUGUUAUCAUUUGCUCUUGAAACAUUUAGGUUCUGGCAUUUCAUUCAGUAAAGGGUACCGCCUGUUUCAGUUUCAAAACAAACAUGGGCUAAUUCUGUCGCAUCAGAGGAGGCAAGUUUUUUCUACUCAUAACUGUUGGUGUUUUUUUUUUGUUUGCUGCUACUUCAGUGUUUUAAGUUUCUGUGAUUACUAACUGAUACCUCAUGAAUGUUUUGCAGACAGGGGUUUGUGCCUGCUGAGAGUGUGAUGAAUUUCCGCACACAGCUUGGCUGUGACACCUUUCAAACUGAUGAGAAGGGUAUAUACUCACAUUUGUUAUUAUUAUUGUUAACAAUAUAUAUAUAAAAAGCUUUUGACCAUGCACCCAACUUGUGUACCAUCCUAGUAUUUUGUGUUUUCAUUGCUUUACUUCAUUGCAGACCCAGAAGAGUUUAUCACAGUCCUCUUCCAGAGGGUACUUUGCAUGGAGCCUCUCCUCAAGCUCAAGUAAGAUACUAGUCUACUUUGUAUCAAAUAUUUAUUCUUAUUUAACAGAGCAAGUCUGAGUGACAUUCUGCUUCAUUUUAGAUCAGGACUUGAAACGUCUCAGGGUGCCUACACAUUUCAGAUCUUUCUGGAAAAAGAACAGACGGUAAAGAUGCCCACCGUCCAACAGCUUCUGGAUACGUCCUGCAUGUCAGGUGACCUUAAGUUUGAAGAGGUGAGUGUCCACUCCUUUUGUCAGCUACACAAGCUCAUGUGGGGUAUUUGAUUUUUCCUCUCUUAAGUCCUGUGCCCACAAUUUUGCCUCUGAUUGGUCCUCAGGUGCCAUCCUGUCUAAUGGUCCAGAUGCCAAGGUUUGGAAACAAGUACAAGAUGUUUUCACAUAUCAUCCCCUCCACUGAGCUGGACAUCACAGAUCUUCUCUUCAACUGUGAGAAGAAGAUUUGAUCACCAAUUAUUUGACAUAUAAUAGAUUAAGAUAGAAAACAUCUUAAUAAAGAGUUUUUGAGGUGCUCAAAGAUGCUUUUGUAUUUCCCACUUUCCCAUCAGCUUCAAGGGAAUGCUUCAUCUGUGGACGCUUGGCUGAGUAUGAGUGUCUUCAGUGUUUAACCGAUCGCAAACUGCAGCCAGGUAGAAUCAAACAGUUCUGCCCUACCUGCAACACACAGGUGAGCCAGAUAGUCAUUUUUGGAUGUCAAGUUUCACGUUUACAGAGUCUAAGCCUAUGUACUUUAUAUAUUUCCUGAAGGUGCACACCCAUCCAUCACGGCAGGAUCACUCCCCUAAAGCUCUGCCACUACCAGCAGAUGUAGUGGCUGAUAGUCCUGUGCCGAGACACAAGAUGCAACUAUUUGCUGUGCUCUGCAUACAAACCAGCCAUUAUGUGUCCUUUGUCAAGUAUGGCCCAGAUUCUCAAUCCUGGCUUUUCUUUGACAGUAUGGCGGAUAGAUGUGGUAAGUUGGAUUCUAGCUUCUCCAGUUUGUUUUCGAGGUUUUCUCUAUAUUUUGGUGUCUGUUGACUGGUUUAUAUGGCUUAUAGUACUCUACUUGAGUAAGUACUCAAAGGUUCAUGCAAAAUCUGACUUGUUUUGCUUUUUAACAAGCGUUUCCACAUGACUGCCUUUCUUCUGAUAAGAAAGCCUCAACAACAUUAGAUAAAGCCACAUUCUGACGUCUGCGACAAGUCUUUAUCUUUCUCAAGCUGAUGUCUAAUCUUCUGGUCAUUCCUCUUUUCAGGUGAUGAUCAGCAUGGUUAUAAUAUUCCAGAGGUCCGAGCAUGUCCUGAGCUGGGUGACUUCCUGUCUCAGCCAGAAGAAGAGCUAGCUCAGGCUAACCCCACAGAGGCACCUGAACUAGUCCGUCGACUGCUUUGUGACUCCUACAUGUUUUUAUACCGGGACCCAGACAGGCCACUUUCAAAGUCAAACCUUCAAGAGUCUUAAACUUGUCUGAGGAAGAGGACACAAUGUUCUCAUAACAGUGCCUUGAUAACCUUGCAUCUCUGCUUUAUCAGUUACAUUUUGUGCUAGUUAUAGCAUCCAUACAGCAGGAACUGAGACGGAUGCUUUCACCAUAGGGCAUAAAGAUAAUAUUGUUAAAGAGCAAAAAAUAUCUUAAUGCAGGGAUUUGACUCUAAUGACUGUAGUCAAAAUGUAAGAGAAGUAGAAUCUUUAAUAUAUCUGAUGUUGUAGUGAUUAUUUAUUCCAAUAAUUUUAAAGUAACUUCAAGUGUGUU